AUGAGGAAGCGCGUGGAUCCGCGCGUGCGGACGCUCGUGGAGAACUGCAUCCACCUCGGCCAGCGUUCGUUCUUCGUCAUCAUCGGCGACAGGGGCUCUGAGCAAGUGGUCAAUCUGCACUACCUCCUCCACCGCUACUUCCCCGCCCAGAAACCGUCCGUUUUGUGGUGUUACAAGAAGGACUUGGGCUUCUCUUCCCACCGUCGGAAGCGCGCGAAGCAGGUGAAGAAGAAGAUCCAGCGCGGGCUGUAUGACCCGAACAUCGAUGACCCCUUCGAGCUCUUCAUGUCCUCCACGAACGUCCGGUUCUGCUACUACAAAGACACACACACGGUGCUCGGGUCCACGGUGGGCAUGUGCAUUCUCCAGGACUUCGAGGCCAUCACCCCCAACAUCCUCUGCCGAACUGUGGAAACCGUCCAGGGCGGAGGCAUCAUCUGCCUUCUGCUCCGCUCGUUCGCCUCCCUCCAGCAACUCUACGACCUCAGCAUGGACAUCCACGGCAGAUUCAAAACCGAGCGUUUCAGCCAAGUGAAGCCUCGCUUCAACGAGCGGUUCAUCCUCUCCCUGGCCCGGUGUCGGAACUGCUUGAUUGUCGACGACGAGUUGAACGUGCUGCCGCUCACGACCUUCUCCCAAACGCUGCGCCCGCUGAAAGGCUCCAAGAGCGAGACUGGUGACGAGUCUCCCAAGGGCGUCGCGGCCGAUUCCGAAGCGCUCCUCGAGAAGAAGAAGAUGAGCGAGGAGCUAGAGUGCCUGAAGCGCGACUUCAAGGAGACACCGCCCGUCGGGCCCCUAAUCAACCUCUGUCUCUCGGUCGACCAGGCGAAGGCCGUGCUCGCCUUCCUCGACUGUCUCGCCUCGCAGGCGAGUGGCAAGUCGAAGGCAAACGGCGGCGCCUCAGAGCAGAACGGAGGCAAACUGGCGACGCAGCUCCACCAAACCUUUGCACUCACCGCCGCCAGAGGCCGAGGAAAAAGCGCCGCGCUAGGCAUUGCCGUCGCGGCUGCCGUCGCCUACGACUACACAAACAUCUUCGUCUCUGCACCAUCGCCAGAAAACGUCAAGACACUCUUUGACUUCGUCAUCAAAGGUCUCGCCGCGCUCGGCCUCAAAGAACAUCUCGACUUCAGCGUCACACGCGAGGACACCGGACUCGCGACAACGGCUCACGCCUCGCGCAGCAGCGGCGUCUCUCCGUCGGAAGGCAACUCGAGUCGCGGUGCCAGUCGGCUUAUCACCGGAGUCGAAGUUCACAGAGGCCACAAACAAACUGUCACCUUCGUUACUCCCGACAAACGCGAAAGUCUCGCACAUGCCGACUUGCUGGUGAUUGACGAAGCCGCUUCCAUUCCACUUCCCAUUGUCAAGUCGCUCUUUGGGCCGUACGUCGUUCUUCUUUCCUCGACUGUCCACGGCUACGAGGGAACGGGGCGUGCACUCUCGCUCAAGCUUCUUCAAGAUUUAAAACAAAACAAAUUCUCCUCGUUGAGCAACAACCCAAAAGGUGGUUUCCUCGCCAGGAGUUUGAAACAGCUAACGCUCACCACUCCCAUCCGCUAUUCCAUGGGAGACGGAGUGGAAGCUUGGCUCCACGACCUCCUCUGUCUCGGAGCAACUGAACCGCCGAAACUCUCUGAAGCUGCGCUGCCGCCAGCUUCCAAGUGCGACUUGUACUUGGUCGACCGGGAUGCUCUCUUUUCGUACCACGACGCAUCCGAGGCGUUCCUCCACAACCUUCUCUCGCUGUUUGUCUCUUCGCACUACAAAAACAGCCCCAACGAUUUGAUGUUGAUGGCUGACGCUCCUGCACACCUCCUCUUUGCUCUUCUGCCUCCCGUUGACGAACAGACGGCGACCGUCCCCGAUAUCUACUGCGCGAUUCAGGUUUCGAUCGAAGGACAUCUGUCCAAACAAGCGAUUCAGCAGGCUCUCGGGCGUGGUAUGCGACCGUCCGGGGAUCUCAUCCCGUGGACGCUGGCACAACAGUUUGCCGAUGAGGACUUUGGCGCCUUGACUGGAGCGCGAGUCGUCCGAAUCGCCUGCCAUCCCUCGCUGCAGCGGCUCGGGUACGGCACGGCUGCACUUCAGCAGCUGAUGGACUUUUUCGAGAUGAAAGGCGUGACCCUGAGCGACGAAGGCAAGAACGCGCUCUCGAGCUCCCGUCUCUCCGAACCGCAAGCACUCGCCGAAGACGAAGAGGAAGACGAAGAGGAGGAAGAGGAGGGAGAUGAGGAGGAAGAUGAGGAAGGAGAUGAGGAGGAAGAUGAGGAAGGAGAGGAAGAAGAGAUGAAGGUGAAGGACGGCAAGGCAACGAAGGGGGACGAGAAGGCAAAGAGAGAGCGGAAAGAUGCGUCUGUAGCUUCCGCUUCAGAUUCGCCGUCGGAAGUCGCAAAAGUGUGGACGAAAAAGUCGUUAAGGCCGCGUCCAGCGCCUCCACUGCUCUCGCCCUGUCGCUCGACUCGCCCCGACUUCAGCAUCGAUUAUUUCGGAGUGGCGUUUGGCCUCUCUGCUCCCUUGCUCCGCUUCUGGACGCGCCGGAGUUUCGUGCCCGUUUACAUGCGGCAGACAGUCACAGACGUCACUGGCGAGUUCAGCUGCAUCCUGCUGAGGCCUGCCGAAAUCGAAGGCGGCCUGUGGAGCGCAAAAGAACGGAAAGGAGACUCGGGAGAAGCCGAGGCAGCGGUCGACGAGGAGAACCUGCGGAAGAAGAACCGAUGGCAAGGCAUCGAAACCGACCGACCUGCAAACGAGGCAAGGCAUCACACAAAACGGGGGGGGGGGGGGGGGGGAGCGCAGGCAUACACAGGCGUCGGGAAAUCGAGAGCGCGGCAGACAACGCGAAAAGAAGCCGGACGAAGAGAAACAGGAUGGCGGGGCCUGGGGCAGCCUGCCGGCAGAGAAGCCAGCAAGAAGUCCUCGCGCGGGCUCGUAGGACGCCGCGGCGGCGCGUGGCUGUCAGCCUUUGCAUGCGACUUCCGCGCGCGUUUCCUCCAGCUCCUCGGAGGCGCCUUCAGACGGCUGCCUUCUUCCCUCGCUCUUUGCCUGGUCACGUGCUCGUCUCGAUCCCCGGACCACGCAGAGACUCCCGGAAGCUCCGGCGAAGGGGCGGUCUUCCCUCCGCUGUCUCUCGCAAAUCUGCCAAACUUUUUUUCCGGCCACGACCUCGGGCGUCUCCGCAAGUACGCGCAACAGCUCGCCGACUUGCCGCUGAUUUUGGAUCUCCUGCCCUCCCUCGCAAGUCUCUUCUUCAACGGCCGGUUCCCUCCACUCGCUGCCUCCUCAGUGAACCUCUCGCACCUCCAGCAAGUCGUCCUCCUCGCCGUCGGCCUUCAAAGGAAAACGCCCGACGACGUCUCGACCGAGUUCAACAUCCCACCAAAUCAGACCUUGGCACUCCUCAACAAGGCCGUUCAUAAGUUUGUUGGAUUCUUCCAGAAACUGCACGAAGCGCAAGUCGAAGAGGAAGUGGAGUCGCAGUGGGGGCUGCGCCCAGCAGCCUCCCGGCGGCUCGUCGUUGAGGGCGGCGGAGCACUCCUCGGGGAGUUGCCUGCGCAGAGCUUCGCUGAGGAGCUUGCAGAAGGCGCGAAGAAAGUGAAGCGGCAACAGAAGAUCGAGCUGAAGAACCUCCUCGACGCUCUCGGCGGCGAAGAAGCCAUGAAGGAACAUUCGAUGGACGCGUACAACGAAGAAGACUUCAACGCCGCAGUCGGCGCAGGCCGCGCCCUCCAAGGCAGUUCCGCGUCACGCGUCUUCUCGUUGAAGCGGAAGAACCCGAACAAGGGACAGAAAAGUGGCGCGCCCGGAGAGAAGGAAGGCGACGGAGGCGAGAAAAAGAAAAAGCCGAAACACGGCUUCGGGUCGAAAGACAAAAACAAGCACAAAGUCUAUGCAAAUCGAUAA